AUGUACAGGAACAAUUCCUGUCAACCUACGCGACCUACUCUCAGUACAGCUCGUCGCCGCAAGACCUCAAGGAUUGCAUCCGAACCACAGUCACCAACGACUCCUCGUCCUACCGGACUUAAAUCUCGCCUAAGACCUAAAGAUAAUCAGGAGACCCUGAAACCAGCCCCCAAGAAGACCAUCGCAGCACCAACAGAGAUAUCUGGCUCAGUGAAGAACAACCCCUUUUUCAUGGCGGACAAGGGGACGAUGAAGAAACCCUCUGAGCCCGCAAUCACAGCGAGGUCAGUUCAGGUAGAGCGCAAACCAAAGCACUCCGAUUGCGUGCCCGAUCGUCUUCUGUCAAAAUCGCCCCGCGCUUCCCAUGUACAGGAAGAAUGUCCCGAUCCCAGUUGCAGGGCAACACACACUGGCCAUCAUCCACCUCGACACAGUAUUGGAUGUGCUACUCGACGGAGUCAGGGUGCCCUGGUUGUUGAAGGUAACGAAUUAGAUAUGAUUGAUGAGGACAAAGAUAAACAUGAGGCGAAGCAUGCCCCAUCGGAGACAAAAUCACCACCUCGAGACAAACUGCAGAUGAAAAUUGAUCAACUGUAUCAUCAUGAACAAGACCUACAUCACUCAAAGCAUAUCAUGGAGCACCUAGCAGCGGGUGUCAAGACCCUUCCCACCUCAACUGCGGAGGAAAAGCCCCCCCUGGAGCCAGACGGGCGCUCUCGCAUGGGAAACUACAUGAUGAGAGUUCACAGUCAACCCGUCUUUGAUCACAAUCUGAGUCGAGACGAAACUGUGACGGUCGGGACAGAAAGCACAAAGCAUAGCCUCAGCAGAGAACCGGCAGUUCCUAGUGAGAUUGUAUCAAAGCCACUUAAUCUUAACGAGCACAAGGGGGAUCAACAACCGAGUCCAGAGUCUCACGAGCCCCAUGUCAAUACUCGAGGUAAUGAUGCCCAUUGGAUAAGGCCUUCGUUGGGCAGUCAUGAACAGACCUAUAACGUGCAAGAAGAUCAUUCGAGAUCAUUAACCUCACAGCCAACCGGUGCAAAGCCUAUCCUGGCCCCGAAGACACCGAAUAAAGAACUCGGUACCUCACAACAAGCAGAUGGAAGGAUUGCGCCACAAGCUCAAAACAAUCCCUUGCCAGAUAAAACAGAUGGUGCGAAUCCUAGCUCUAACCAACUGGAUGAGCCAGUGCCAGGAGCGCACAUGUUACGCAAAACAAUUCCACGAGAUGAACAUGAAAAGCCGAAUGCCGAGCCACCCAAUAUCUCAUCGUGGAGGACGCAGUUGAGGAAAGUUGACAGGUCUCCGGAGCAGGCACCAAGUCAAUGGCUAACACCCUCCCAUGUAGAGGACUGGCGGCGCGAGCUCAGCAGUGUAAACAGUCGGACGCCAGUGCCCGACAAAGAGAAGAAGGAGGAUUGCAUUAACUGCAACCCCAGCCAAUACAUAUCACCGCAGGCAGAGAACUCUUUUCAAGACAUUGCCGAGGUUGAGUUACAGAAGCAACAUGAGAAGCGUGCUGCAGUUGACUCACCAGUACCUCGCCUCAAACUAACCGAUGUUGAGCUAUCACUCGCGAGGCAAGGCGAUGAAGAGGAAAUGGCUGAACAACAAGAGACUCUUGAUAAAGAAGCUGAAGCUUCGAACAAAAGCGACGAUCCAGCACGCGAAGGCUCAGUGAUGUCAACUGUGAUUCAUGAUCCAACACCCAUGAUGCCAUAUAACCAUAUGUGCGCCUGGCGAGCGCGGUACAUGGAUCUCAAGAGCCAAGUCGAUCAGCUCGGAGAUGAAGCAAGCCAUACACUACCUAAGAAGCGGGCCGAAGGUGUUGGCACCUUAGGCACGCACAAUCAUACAGACGUCGACAUCGAAGGCCUUACAGUUGUGAUGCAUUUCAAAGGCCAAGAUGAUUUAGUGAUCAACACAGACCUGAGUGAAGGCUUGCAGGAGUAUCGUAGACAACAAGAGGCGGGAGAUGCGCGACGGCAUAAGGGUUAG